AUGCCAAUCGCCGACGAGAUCAUCCAGCCAACUUCUUCUGUCCCAGCUGCUGAGCCUCAGCUACAGCAAAAUGGCACCACUGACCUCCCCGAACUCCCACCAAGGCCACAAAUCGUGGAACCAUCCCGCAAGAACACCAACGGUGUUGUCUCAGGCCCUGUCCCGCAUAUCCUAGAUGCAGCAACGGGUUUAACACCAACUCUCCAGAAAUUCCGUCUCGAUGGAAAAGUCGCUGUUGUCACCGGCGGCGCCCGAGGGUUGGGGUUCAAUAUGGCAUCGGCCUUAUGUGAAUGCGGUGUAAAGGGUAUCGCAAUUCUCGACAUCCUCCAGGAACACGGCGACGACGCUAUUGCCCUCCUUCACCAGAAGUACGGCGUCGCAGCUGCGUUCUACAAAAUCGAUGUUCGUGACGAAGAAGCUGUCCGUGACGUCAUUGCCUCUGUUCAGAUUCAUCUUGGAUCUGUCGACAUCAUGCUCUGCUCUGCCGGUAUCGCAGACUCGAACAUCAAGGCUGAGGAAUACCCGCUCGACAAAUUCCGACGCUUGAUCGAUAUCAACCUCACUGGAUCUUUCAUCUGCGCCCAGGCUGCUGCCCGUGCCAUGAUCGACAAGGGAACAGGUGGAAGCAUCAUCUUUAUUGCUUCCAUGUCCGGCCACAUCGUCAACUACCCACAACAGCAGGCCUGUUACAACGCUUCGAAGGCCGCUGUAAUCCAGUUGAUGAAGAGUCUUGCCGCGGAGUGGGCACAGUACGGCAUCAGAUGCAACAGUAUCUCGCCGGGUUACAUGGACACUGCACUAAACCGUGUCCCAGCGUUGGAAGCCCAGAAGACGAUCUGGAAGAGCAGGACUCCACAGGAGAGACUUGGAAACGUCGACGAGCUGAACAAUACAGCCGUCUUCUUGGCCAGCGAGGCGAGUUCGUUCAUGACCGGUUCGGACUUGCUCAUCGAUGGUGGGUAUUGUUGUUGGUAG